AUGUGCGAAUCUGAUAGCAAUGGCUCGACUCAAGCUAUGAUUGCUUUAAGAAUGAAGUCUUCAGCAGUUAAUCCGUUUUUGGUAAAUCCAGUGCCAAAUGAAAAUAAUCCUCAAAUCAGCUCGACUUCUGUUAACAACAUAACUGCUGUUAACAAUGCUUUCUCAUUGGGAAAUGUAGUCAACCAUCGGAUCCCAUCAUCUCAAACACCGCAACACUUUAAUCUCGCAGACUAUCAUAGAUUUCAAUUCUACGACUACGCCUCCCAGGCCUCGGCGUCCGUACGCUUUCGCUUAAGUCACGCGCCCUUCGGCUCAGCCAACACUCCGUAUAAUCUGAACCCAGGCUAUGGACAUCCGGCGUUCACUGAUGGGCCGCCGUUUGCCGCUAUCUCUCCCUUCACUAGAUUUGACUCCAGAUUCCGAUUCAUUCACGAAGAGCCCAAACCACAGCACAGUUACAUCGGACUCAUAGCUAUGGCUAUAUUGAGUACCAACGAACAGAAAAUGGUUUUAAGCGAUAUAUACCAACAUAUUCUCGACAAUUACCCGUAUUUCAGAAACCGAGGGCCGGGAUGGAGAAAUAGCAUCAGGCAUAAUCUCUCACUUAAUGACUGCUUUGUCAAAGCAGGUCGUAGUGCUAAUGGAAAGGGUCACUACUGGGCUAUACAUCCCGCAAAUCUGGAAGAUUUCAAAAAAGGAGAUUUCAGGCGCAGAAAAGCCCAGAGAAAAGUCCGCAAACAUAUGGGUCUAUCUGUUCCCGAAGACGAAGAUAGUCCCAGUCCUACACCACCGCCACUUCCAUCGCCUAAUUUAGUCAAUGCAUCUGUUUUUGGACACUCGGCUCUUUUGGGACCUCUCAGCCGAAGUGAGCUAAUGGACAAAAAGUCUCAUUCAAUUGAAUGCAUCGAACAUUUAGAUGAUAACCGAAGAAGUAAUACUCCAUCUCUGACCUCACAAUCAGAUCUCAUUCUCAACAAAAUCGAUAGCUUUGACAGCAAUAGCUCCUCGCCAUCCAUAUCUUCAACAGCAGAGAGACACCACUCGCCACCCGUCAACUCAAAGCCAUGUUUGACACCAACAGGUCUGUCGUUAUCUCCGACAUCAUGGCGUGCGGCACAUCUGCAAUCGCUGCAGAACUUGCAUCAAAUGAAUGCCGGACUAAUCAAUCAGUCGCUGCAAUCGGUGGCACCGACUGGUUUCGCGGCUAACAUUCCGUGGGCUAUGUCUGCGGCCGCCCUCUCCAACGCCCAGAUGGCGGCCACAAUCCUGGGCUACGCGUCGGUCGCUAAUCAAGCCUUUGACUUGACUUCUGAUGCAAAUAAGCGAUAG